AUGUUUUAUACACAUGCAAUAUUAACUAAACGUGGUCCAUUAGCUCGUCUUUGGCUUGCUGCACAUUGGGAUAAAAAAUUAACUAAAGCACAAAUCUUUGAAACGGAUAUUCGUCUUAGUUGCGAAUCAAUUCUUGAACCAUGUUUAAAAUUAGCAUUACGUACAAAAGGUCAUUUAUUACUUGGUGUUGUACGUAUAUAUUCUCGUAAAACAAAAUAUUUAUUAGCCGAUUGUAAUGAAGCAUUUAUUAAAAUUAAAAUGGCUUUUCGACCGGGUAUUGUUGGAAUUGACGGAUCAACAAAUCAUCAUGUAGGUCAAGAUUCUGAUACACGUGAAGUUUCAAUUGCUGCUAUAACAUUACCGGAAAAUUUUCAUGAUUUUGAUUUAAUUGAUCUUAAUAUUGAUUAUAUUGAUGAUCCAUCUCGAUUUCAAAUGCAUCAAGCACGUGCAGAAGAAAUUACACUUAAAGAAGAUUUUAUUAGCGUACCUAUGCCACUUGAUGAUGAUUUUGGCGAUGCAAAUGGUCUUGAUGAACCUGAAUUCUUUCGUAAACUUCAACCAUCACUUCAUUUUAAUGGACAAAAUUCAAAUAUCGAUAUUGAUACUACAAUUAUGCGUAAAGAUCAAAAUAUAAGUCGACCACUUGGUGAUGAUCCAUUUGCAUUAGAUGGUUUUGGCGAUUUCACCGCUCCAGCUUCGGUCAUUGGUAUUGGUGGUGAUAAUUCAAAUCUUUCAAAUGAAAGAGAUCAAUAUGAUCAUGUUAUGUCACCAUUCCAUCAAGAUGAAAAUGCACCAGGUUUACCAACACUUGAUGAUGAUCAUCAAGCACCAGCUAAUGAACAAAAUCAAGAUAAUCCUAUGGAUAUGGAAGCAGCACAUAUUCCAGGUGUUGAUGAUACAACACUUUUAUCAAAUGUUUCCGAUGAAUUUGUUUUACCACCUAUUUCAGCAGCAGCACAAACACCAGCGGCUCGACAAGCAGUUAAACGUAAACGAAAAUUAGUUAUAGAUGAAUUAAAAGAAAUUGAUAGUGGAUCAAUGAAAACACAAUUAAGUGAUACAACAGAUAUUGUUGGUGUACUUGAAUUAGCACCACCAACACGUCGUUUAAUGCAUUUGAAAGAAACCGGUGGUAUUGAAAAAUUAUUUUCAUUUAGUGCAACAUCAAUUUUUUCUAAAACAUUACAACAAUUAAUAACACGUAAUAUGGUAACAAAACCAUUAGAUCAAAUGCCACCGGAUAAUUAUCAAAUUCAACAUGAUCUUGCUAUGGAACAACUUGAACGUGAAAGAGAUGAUUCAUCAAUUGAACAAAUGCGUGCUACACAUCAUCAUUAUCUUGAAGUAUUAGGUCAUGAUCCAUCAUUAAUAGGUACUGAUGGUUUAUCACCUAAUCGUUCAAAAAAACGUGGUUUAUCACCUGGUAUGGAUGAUGAUAAUUUUGAUAAACGUCAACGUUCAGAUUCAUUAUUUUUACCACCAAUGACAACAUCAAUGGAUAAUCUUAUGGAUGUUAUACCAGGACCAAUGUCACCAACACGUAAAAGUGGACGAAAAGUUCAUGAACUUAAUCAAUUACCACCAUCACCAUCACGUACAUCAGGCAAUAUGAGACGUAAAAAAGGUAUGGGACAUUUAACAAAAGAAAAUCAAGAAGAACAAGAUGAUGAAGAUGAAGAACAUGGACAAACAACAACAGCACAAGAAGAUUUUGAAUCAGGUAAAAAAUUAAAUCGUCGUGCUAAAAUUAUGCUUAAUGCAUUUGAACGUGCCUUUGAUACUGCUGAUGCACUUUCAUUUCAUGAUCAUUUAUCAUCGGGUAAUCCAAAUUAUCAUACAAGAAAAUUAACAGCACAAAAAUUUUAUACAUUAUUGGUACUUAAAAAACUUCAAGCUAUUGAUGUUGAACAAACUGAAGCAUUUGGAGAUAUUGCUGUUACACCUGGUGUUAAUUUUCAUCAAUAUAUAACAAGUGGUGGUAGAUAA